GAGGGCGUGUGACGUGACGUCAGUGGCAGCGGCGGAAGGGUCCAGAGUACGGUGUGUGGUGUGUGUUUGGGUCAGUCAUCCUCCGCCAUGGACUCAGCUGUACUGGAGCUUCAGAAGGACCUGGAAGAAGUCAAGCAGCUUUUGGAAAAGGCGACAAGAAAACGAGUACGAGAUGUGCUGUUCGUGGAACAACGCAAACUGGAGACCGAGAUCGCUAACAAAAAGCAACAACAAACAGGAGAGUCCAUGGAAGUUCAGAAGCCAUCUGCCAUUGUCCCUCCCAUGUCCAGCAUGUAUACAGUGAAAAUUAGCAACUAUGGUUGGGAUCAAUCUGACAAGUUUGUUAAAAUCUAUAUUACUUUGAAGGAUGUUCAGAAUAUUCCAGCUGAUAAUGUGCAAGUCCAGUUCACAGAAAGGUCCUUUGAUUUAUUGGUGAAGGAUCUCAAUGGGAAGAAUCAUACCAUGACUAUAAAUAAUCUUCUGAAGCCAAUCGCACCUGAAAACAGUUCCAGAAAAGUGAAGACAGACACUGUACUCCUAAUGUUAAGGAAAAAAUCUGAAAGCAAAUGGGAAUAUUUGACGCAAGUUGAAAAAAUGACAAAAGAGAAAGACAAACCCCCAAUGGACACAGAUGGAGAUCCCAAUGCCGGUCUUAUGAAUGUUUUAAAGAAAAUAUACGAUGACGGAGAUGAUGAGAUGAAGAGGACACUAAACAAAGCCUGGGCGGAAUCUCGGGAAAAACAGAUGAAGGGUGACAUGGAUUUCUGAAGAAAUUCUUCUUGUCCCUUUCGCCUUAAAAGAAAGUUCCAAGCCCAGGGAUUGGCCUUGCUUUAACAAAAGUAGAGUUGAUCUCUACAACGUCCAUUGUUUACAAUCAAAUUGCUUCCCAGCAUGCAACACUAUGCUGUUGAGAAAUGCCUUUCUCAUUGGACUAUCAAAUGCAACAAAAACACUUCCAGCAGUUUGUUCUAGAUUACAUUGACCUGUGUAUUUUUACCAUUUUAGAUCCUCGUUUUAAGACUCGUUGUCUGAAAACUGCAGAGAUGAUGUCAAGAAUUUAUUUUGAAGUAUUUGUAAAUGUCUCAAAUGUUUUGUUUUGUAUAUUAAACUCUGCCAAAUGUUAA